AUGUUUGAAUCGAUAGUAUCAAAUUUAUUGACUAGAUAUUUAAAAGAGUAUAUUAAAGCUUUAAACACUGAUAAUCUAAAUAUUAGUAUUUGGAGUGGAAAUGUUUCAUUAGAGAAUUUAGAAUUAAAAAGUAGAGCAUUAGAGAAAUUUAAUUUACCCUUUACAAUUAAAGAGGGUUUCUUAGGUAAACUAUCACUUAAAAUACCUUGGAAUAAUUUAAAAACUGAACCUGUAAUUGUUGUUAUCGAUCAAUUAUACAUUACAGCUUCUCCAAAAUCAACAACUGUUUGGAAUGAAGAAGAUGAAGAUCUUUUACUUCAAAAGAAAUUAAAGAAAUUGAAAAUUUAUGAAGCAUUAAAAGAAGAGAAAAGAAAGAAACAACAACAAUUAAAAGAGAAACGAGAAAUUAGAAAUAAUUUAAUUAAAGAAAAGAGAUUACAAAAAAAACAAAUUAAAAACCAAUUAAAACAACAAUUGAGACAAAGAAAAAAAGAUGCAAAAAAUGCAUCACCUGUAAAUAGUAAUAAUAAUAAUAACAACAAUAGUAAUUUGGUUUCGGAAUCAAAUAUACCUUCUUCAUCAUCAUCAUCUUCAUCAUCACUAUAUGAUGAUGAUGAUAAUUCAAGUAAAGAUGCAAAUAAAUCUGAUGAUACAGAUAUGGAUGUAGAUGAUGAUGAUGAAUUUCAAGAAGCAACUGAAGGUGAUUAUGAUAAUGAGGAAGAACAAGAUGAUCAUGAUGAAGAGGAUGAUUUAAGUGAUGAUGAUGAUGAUGAUGAUGAUGAAGAAGAUGAUUAUGAAAUGGAAGAUGAAGAUGAUGUUUAUAAAACUUUAGUUGAUAAUCAAGGUAAUGAAAAUGAUUCACAAUCAGGUGGUUUAAUUGAUUCAUCAUCAUUUGCAGAGAAAUUAAGAAAUAAGAUAGUUGAUAAUUUACAAAUUAUGAUCUACAAUGUACAUAUAAGAUUUGAAGAUAGUGUAACCAAUCCGACAACACCCUAUUGUUUUGGUGUAACAUUGGAACAUCUAUUGGCACAAUCAUCCAAUGAAGAAUGGAAACCAUCAUUCAUACAUACACCACAUACAUUGGUACAUAAAUUAAUUACACUUCAAAAUCUAUCAAUCUAUUGGGAUGCUGAUAAUGAUAAACCAGAUUUAAAUUAUAAAUCAAUCUCUGAAUUUAAAUCUUUAAUGACAAAAUUAAUACCAAAGAAAUCAUCACCAUCCACUACUACUACAACACCACCAAUAUCACCACCACCAAAAGAAACUCAAUUAAUAAAACCACAACAUAAUUAUUUACUACAUCCAGUUUGUGGUUCAUUAAAAUUAUUAAUAAAUAAAUCAAUAAUACCAAAUAAAUAUAUUCCAUUGUAUACAGCAAAUUUUGAAUUUGAUGAAAUUAAUUUAGAGUUGGAAUCAAAACAAUACUCUGGUAUAUUAGCAUUAGUUGAUUGGUUUACAACACAAAAGAAAGGUGAAAGAUAUAGAAAAUUCAAAACUAAAGAAUCUGGUGGUGUAUUAAAGACGGCAAAGGAUCGUUGGGAGUUUGCAGGUAAAUGUAUUUUGGCAGAUGUUAGAGAUAAAAUUAGAAAAUGGACACCACAAUUCUUUGAUAAGCGUAGAAAAGAUAGAUUGGAUUACAUUCAUCUAUAUAAAUUGAAAAAGAGAAAAAAGACACUUUCAGAUUUAAAUACUACAAAAUUAAAUAGUCUAGAAAAAGAAUAUAGUUUUGAAGAUUUAGUUUAUUUUAGAUCGUUAGCUGAUGCUCAACUAAAAGCUGAAGAUAAUCAUCAACAACAACAAAAACAACAACAACAACAACAACAACAACAAUCAAAUAUAUCACCAAAAAUCAUUUCUUCAAAUAAAAAUAAUAAUAAUGAUAGUAGUAGUGGCAGUAGCAGUAAUAAUAAUAAUAGUUCAACAACCUCAACAACUUCAACAACAACUUCAUCAUCGUCAUCAUCAAAUAGUACUGAUAGUAAAGAUAUUAUGAAAUCAUCAGGUGAUAAAAAUGUAAAUAAUAAUAAUAAUAUGGGUGAUAAUGAAAAUAAAGAUAAUAUAGAUAAAAAGGAGGAAAAUAAAAAUGAUGACCAAGAUAAUAAAAAUAAGAAUAAAAAUAAAAUAAUUACUACAAUUAGUCAUAAAAAGAAUAAAUCAAAAGAUGAUCAAAAUAGUGGAGGAUGGUUUAAAUGGUUUGGGUGGGGUAGUUCAAAUAAAAGUAAACAGCAACAACAACAACAAGAUGAGAGUGAGGAUCAAGAUUCAUCAAUAUUGGGAACAUUAGAUAUAACUGAUCAACAGAAGAGAGAACUUUAUUCAACCAUUGAAUAUGAUGAACAUCAAAAAUCAAAGAAUAUAGUUUAUCCAAAGGAUUAUGUUAAAACUAGAAUUAAUUUUACAAUGAAUCGUGGUUCGGUUGCAUUUAGAUUGCAACCACCAAAUUCACCAAUUACUCAUUUCUCUUCAAAAUCACCACCAUCAUCAAAAGGAAAUGCAGAUUUAAUGAUUGAAUUGGUUAGAAUGUCUGUGGCAGUUGAUAAAUUUGUUGGAUCAUUAUAUGUUCAAGCAAUAUUAGAGACUAUAUAUGUACGUGAUUUCUUUACAAAGGAUACACAAUUUCCAAUAUUAAUGAAACCUAUCGUUGUUAAAAACAAUACAUUUGUAAAUUCAUCUUCAAGAACUCUACCCUAUAGUAAUAGUGAAGGUGUAGAGGAUAUAAAUAAGGACUAUCUAUCAAUAGUAUCAUCAUCACCUUCACCAGUUUCUUCACCAUCAAGAGAUAAACGAUUGGAAGAAGAAACUAAACAAGAGGAUGAAAAAGAAAAGAAAUUAAAUGUUGAUAAGAAUUUAAAAUGCUCAUUAAGUAGUAUUGAAAAAGUAUCAUGUGAUAAAAAGAGUAAAGAUGAUUGUAGUAGUGGUGGUAGUGGUGGUGUUGAUAAUGGUGGUGAAGAGGGUGAUGACAAAUAUUCAACAAAAGGAACAACUGAAUCAAGAGAAGAAUCAGAUGGUAGUGGUGAUUAUGAAAAUAAUACAAAUGAUGAAAAACAACCAUUAUUUUCAAUGACAUUACAACAAAAUCCAUUAAAUUCAGAAUCAGAUUUCUCAAUUUUCAUAGAAGCAUUGCCAUUGGAGGUUGUUUAUAAUAAAUCAAUGAUGGAUGCUAUAUUGGAAUUCUUUGGAAAUGCACCCUCUGAUACAUUAAAGGAGAUUGAAGAGGCUGCUCGUAAUCAAAUUAAAAUAUUUAAAGAUAAAACCACAUUACGUAUUCAACAUGAACUAGAGAAUCAUAAGUCCAUAGAUUUAGAUAUCAAUAUUAAUGCACCACACGUAUUAAUACCUGAAAGCUUUACAAUACCUUCAGCACCAAUAUUAGUAUUAGAUUUAGGUUCUUUCUCUGUACAAAGUGUUGUAACUCAUAAAGAUGAUACUUUAUCAGAAGAAAUUGAAAUAUCUUCAAUUUUAAAAAAUGAUUUUUCAAUUAUUCAACAACAACAACAACAACAACAACAACAACAACAACAACAACAACAACAACAACAACAACAACAACAGCAACAGCAACAGCAACAACAAAUUCCAAUUCAACCACAGUCACAGCAACAACAACAGCAACAACAACAGCAACAACAACAAUCCCAACAACAACAACAAGCUCAACAACAAGCUCAACAACAACAACAAUCCCAACAUCCAUCAUCUAAUGAUGAUAACUCAAGUAGUAAUGGAGGUUGUAGUGUUGAUAUUAAAUCACCAUCAGUUAAUACAAGUAUUAUUAGUGAUAAUAGUGUUUAUGAUGAAGAGAAUGUUACAAAGUAUUUAUAUGAUCUAUUUGAAUUGAAAUUAAAUAAUAUUCAAUUCUAUAUUGCAUCACAAGGUGAAUCACUUCAAUUGGUUGAGAAAUUUGAUAUCAAUUUCAAAAUUUAUAAAUGUAUAAUCAAAUCACAAACACUAUUAAGUAAAUUGAAAUUAUUUGGUGGUUUACCUUCAUUGAAUAUGUUAUUAUCUCAAAAAUCAAUAGAGAUAUUAAUAAAUAUUAUCAGUACCCUUCAAAAUGAUCCACCUGAAAUUUCAACUCAUUUUUCUUCAAAGAAGAAUGCUGAAGAUGAAAACAAUAAUAGUAAUUUGGAUAGAGUUGAUUUUGAAACAGUUAUUCAUGAUCAAGAAGUUGAUAUUGAAGAAUAUUACAAUGGAGUGAAUAGUGACGAUGAUAAUAACGAUGAUGAAAAUGAUAAAACAACUCAAGAUGACCAAGAUGAUAAAGAAAAGAGUAGUGGUAAUGAUGAUUCAUUAAAAAAGAAAUCUAAAAAACCAAAAUUAAAGAAAGAAGGAUCAUUUAUAUUAGAAUCAAUGGAUUUAGAACAUACUCAAGAUCAAUUACCAAUUUUAAUGAUUUAUAAUACCAUUUUAGAAGUAUCAUUCUCUGUAACAACCGUAUCAUUACAAGUGGUUGAAGAUGAUAAACCAUUCAUUAGAAUGAUAUUAUCAGAUAUUAGUGCUCAAGUUUUAAAGCGUACCUUUGAUACUUCAAUUAAACUUUCUCUAGCGAAAUUAUCAAUUGAAGAUCUUUAUCAAGAUUUUAAAAAUGAAAGUUUUAAAUAUUUAGCAAAUUCAUCAAUUGAUAAUAAUCAACAACCACUACAAUCAGAAUUAGAAAAUAGUAGUGGAAUAGAGAGAGAAGAACAUUUAAUUUCAAUUUCAAUAUCAUCAGUUCAAAGAAAUUCACCUCAAUAUAGUGGUAUUUCUCAACAAAUUGAUGUUUCAUUCAAUACAUUAUUUGUUAAUAUCAAUAAGAAAUUAGUAAUUAAAAUUAUGAAUCUUGUUGAUUUUGUUGAGAAAACUAUUGUUGAAACUGUAAUGAAAAGAAGAGAGAAAAGAAAAAGAUUAGAAAAGGAUAAAGAUAAUCAACCAUUACCAACAAGUGAGAGUAAUCAACAAUCAAUACCACAAAAACAACAACAACAACAACAACAACAACAACAACAACAACAACAACAACAACAACAACAACAACAACCACCACCACCACUUCAAAAACAAAAAUCACAGUCACAUAUUAAUUUAGGUAAAGCAUUUGAAAAUUCAACAUUUAAAAUUGAUAAAGAUAAUUCAAUUGUUAUAAUAACAACAAAGAUGAAAUCAUUGGUAGUUAAUUUGAAUGAAGAUGAUCAAUCAUAUUUUGCAUUGACAGUAUCAGAUUUAUCAAUUAAUUUCGAUAUAGAUUUAGAAUCAUCCAUGAUGAGAUUUAAAUUGGGUAAUUUAACAAUAUCAGAUAUUUCAAAGGAAGCUUCAAAAGAUUUGAAUCCAUUAUUUGGUACAGAUGGUGAACAUAUAAUUGAAUUUUAUGUUUACACAUUAAAGAAUUCAAAACCACUUGAAACAAUUACAACAACAGCAACUGCAAAAAUUACAUUGGAUAAUGAAACAAAAGAAACCAUUUCAACUACUCUAUUUGAAAAAGUAAAAGAGAAACCACCUUCAUCUCCAUUAAAAGAUUCAACUAGUAUACUUCAAGAUGAAAAUGAAAUUUUCGAUACAAAGAUUGGUGUUAGAAUGAGUUCUGUUAAAUUAAUAGUUGUAAGAUCAUUAAUUGAUAGAAUAAUCGAUUAUUUCGAAGAGUUUGCACCAAAUCAAAUCGAUCAAAUAUUGGCUGAUAGUGCAAAAGGAGCUGUAGAAAUUAUGUCAACUCGUCGUAUAAAUCAACAGAAACGUAUACUCUUUGAAGUUGAUGUUAACACACCACGUAUAAUCUUUCCAAAGAAUCAUUAUUCACCAUAUGUAAUCAUUGCAGAUUUAGGUCAUAUCUCUGUAUUUAAUAAAUAUAAAUCAAAUUUAACAAAUAGUAAUGGUGGUGAUAAUACAAUUUUAUCAUCUGAACAAGUAUUUGUUUAUGCAUCGUCAGUCAAUUUUCAUGCAUGUAAAUUUCAAAAUGGUAAAGUUUUAGAAUCAACAAUUGAACCAAUUUCAAAUAAGAUCAAUGUUCAUGUUAAUAUUGAAUCAUUUUUAAAUCCAUCACUAUUAGAAGAAGAUCAAUUAGAUGAACCAAAACAAAAAGUUGAUGGAGAGAUAUCACCAAUUAAUCUAAAGAUAUCGGAUCAACAAUAUUCAUUAACUAUUGCAAUCAUUAAAUCAUUGAUUGAACCAACUAUUAAACAAAAGAAAAGAAAGAAGAGAAAUCAUAGAAGAAUUGAAAGUCAGCUUAAUCUUGAUAAUCUUUAUCAAAACUUUUUAAAUGUUGCUUCUUCAAAUCAAGAUUUUAAAAGUGUAGAUGUUCCAAUUGGAUUACCAUUACCAACUCCAAUUUUAGAAAGUUUACAUGAUCAUAAAUCAUCAUCAUCUUCUUCUUCUUCUUCACCACCACCACCACCACCACCAUCAUCAUCACAACAACAACAACAACAAAUAAUUAAAUCAUUGGAUUCAAUUAAAGAUCAAAUUACAUUUCAUUUACCUCAUAUUUCUUUAGAAUUCUUUAGAAAGAAUAAAGAAUCUGUAGUUUCAUUUGAAAUUGAUGAAUUCGAAUGUUCUUUAAUUGAAUAUGAUAAUGGUAAUGAAUAUUCAAAUUUUUCAUUGGGUUCUAUCGAUUUAACUGAUACAAGAAAAUCAACAGUAAAUCAUUUUCGUCGUAUUAUUCAUCAUUCAAAGGAAAAGAAUCAACAAUCAGCAGAUGGUAGUGGUUUAUCACCACCACUAUCAAAAGAUGAAAAGGAAAAAAAAGAAAUGAAAAAAGAAUUACAAGUUUAUGUAUUUGAAAAAAGAGGUGGUGAUACUCAAGUUAAAUUGAUAUUGGAUCAUUUUAGAGGUGUUAUAGUACCGGAAUCAUUAAUUUCAAUGAUUGAUUUCAUUAUGCCAGGAAUUAAAGCUUUAUCAUCACUUUCAGAGAUUUCACCCGUUUCUUCACCAGUGUUAAAUGUAGAUACCAUGAAUAAUAAUCCACAUUUAUUUGGAAGGGAUCCUUUGAAAUCGACAGUUAAAGCAAUGUUGGAAGAAAAGAAUAAGAAAAGAAUGACUACAAAUACUGUGGUACAUAUAGAGACAUCGAAUAUAGAUCUAUCAUUUGUUGAUAAUCCUGCUACUCGUGAAAGUAGAUUACUCAUUGCAAGAGGUUCACUAUUUGGUAAAGUUACCAUUCAAAAAAGUGAUUCUCUAACCUAUAAAGAUAUUCAACUUUGUAUUGAUGAAUUUAUUCUCUUCAAAUGUAGAGCAGAUAAUUUCGAUCAAACCAUUGAAUCAAUCAUUGAUCCAUUAUCAAUCACUACAAACAUUUCAAUGGUUGAAGGUAAAGAUUAUUUACCAAUUGAUAUUUUAAUUGCUGUUGAUCCAAUGCAUAUUUCAAUAUCAUUUCAAGAUUUAUUAUUAUUUUUAUCACUUUCAAAAAAUAUUGAAUCAUUAAUAAAUAGUUUAAAUAAUUUACAACAACAACAUCAACAACAAAAUAAUAAUAGUAAUAAUAAUAAUAAUAAUAAUAAUAAUAAUAAUAAUAAUAAUAAUAAUAAUAAUAAUAAUAAUAAUAAUAAUAAUAAUGAUGAUAAAUCAAAACAAGAACAACAAAUUUUAAGAGUUAAUUUUCAAUCACCAUCAGUUGAAUUAACAGUAAUUAACGACUAUGGUAAUAAGUAUUGUGGUAUUAUUGAUUUAAAAAUUAGAGAUAUUUCAGUAGAGGUUGCACAAAAUAGAGUAUUAUUUGCAAUGUUUAUAGCUGCAAAUUAUUUCAAUGUUUCAAAAUCAGUUUGGGAACCAAUGAUAGAGGAAUGGGGUUGUAAAUUUGGUAUUGAGACAUCAGAGAUUGGUACAAAGGAUCAAUCAAAGAAUAUUGUUAUCUCUUCAAGUGGGAAAUUAAAUUUAAAUAUAACAAAAUCAUUGUUUGAUACUUUUACUACGAUAUAUCCUUUGAUAGAGAUUGCUAUGGAUAUUAGUAAAGCUGAUUCAACACAAUCAGCUUAUGAUCUUGGCUAUAAAACUGGCGUAAAUAAUAAUUUAUUACAACAUUACAAAUCUCAAAAUUAUCAUCCUUUUCUUUUAAAAAAUCAAACUGGUUUAGAGAUACAAUAUCAAAUAUCAAUAAUUUGUGCAUCUUCUUUUGGUGAUACUCAAUCAAAUGAUUUUGUUGGAUUGUCAACUUCGACAUCACCAUCAACUUCAACAACUACAACUUCAACUUCAACUUCAACUUCAACUUCAACUUCAACUUCAACUUCAACUUCAACUUCAACUUCAACUUCAACUUCAACUUCAAACCCAACAACUUCAAGCAAAACUCAAACAACUAAAAAUAAAAUUUUAGAAGAUGGUGGUGAAAUUUAUUUAGAUUUAAAAGAAACAUUAUAUUCAAAUGGUAAUACUAAUCAAGAAAAGGAUAAAUUUAGAUCAAUUAAUAAUGCACAAAAGUAUAGAGAUAUAACAUCGAUAUCAUUAUUUAGAAUUAAUAUAGUUGUUGAUGGUUUUGAAGCAAUUUCAAAUUUACCAAUUCAUAAAACUGGAAUUUAUAUUUGUAGUUUAAUACCAAAAGUAAAUGUAUCAUCUUCAACUAAAUCACUACCAUCUCAACAAUUGGUAUUUGAAGUAAGGGUAUCAGAUUUUACAAAAGAGUUAAUUGUAAGAUCAAAUGUUUUGAUUGUAAAUGAAACUGAUCAUACAUUGGAAUAUUUGGAUAAACCUACACAUACAUUAAGAAAAGUAUGUCCUUUUAUUUUAGAACCAAAACAAUCGAAAUCUUUAUCUAUAUGUGGUGGCAAUUCAUCAUCAUCCUCCUCCUCCUCAUCAUCAUCAACAACAGAUAUGAUAUUUAGUUUUAGACCAAUGAUUCAUCAAUCAUUUUCAUCCUCUGCAAAUCUAGGAAAUAAUCAACAACGUUGGACUCAUCCUUUGAAUUGUAAUAAUGGAUUAUUACAUCCUGGUACAUUAUUGUUUGAUUGUCCACCAAACAAGUUUUAUUGUCUACAAAUUGAUCAACAUCUAUCAAAUUUCCAAUUGGAAGAUCAACAAAUUAAUCCAUUGACAGGUGGAACAAUUCCUCAGCAUCAACCCUCUUAUCAUCAUAUUAGUAAUCAACAAUAUUAUGAGAAUAGUAUGGUGAAUGAUGAGAAUCAAGAUAAUCAAUCAUCAUCAUCAAUGAAUAGGAUAAUUCAAAAAACAAACCAUAUAAUUAAAAUUGUACCACCAUUGGUAAUUUAUAAUCAAUUUAUUAUACCUAUCGAUAUUACAUUACAUGAUCAAGAAUCCAAUAGAACCGUUGGUAAAGAGAGUAUUCAAGAAAAUCAAACCAAAGGUAUCUAUUGUGUAAAUGUUGAACGUUUAAUAAUGAUUAAAGUUCAUAUGAAAGGUUUUGGUUCUAGUGGAUUUAUUCAAAUUAAUCAAUCCUCUCAAAAUUAUAUAAACAAACAACCAAGAAAAUUGAUUUCAACCACUUCAGAUCAAACCUUUUUUGUUAAUAUCUUUCAAAAUGAACUAUUUGGUUCAAUCCAUGUUUGUUUAUAUCCAACCUUUUCAAUCAUAAAUCAAAUUGGUUUAAAUUUAUCAUUUAAAUUAAAUAAUUUAUCAGAUAAUAAUAAUAAUAAUAAUAAUAAUAAUAAUAACAAUAAUAAUACAAUUCAUGAUCAACCUGUGAUUAUAGCUUCCGUAUUUAAUUCACAAACAUUUUCAAAUUUAUUAACUAAAAAUACUCCAAAAAAUAAAACAACAACUACCACAACGACAACAGCAGCAACAACUAAACCAAUUCAAGGAACAAUUGAUUAUAAAAAAGAUCCAAAGAAAUGGUAUAAUGAUAAAAAUAUUUCACAAAUAUCAAUGUUUUCACCAAUUCCAUCAAAUGUUGGUACCAGUAAUAAUACAUCAUAUUUGGUUUUACAGGUUGAUGGUAAUUCUCAAUGGUCUCAACCAAUUUCGAUUCAACCAAAUAAACAAGAACCCAUUACAAUUAUCAAGGAACAAAAAGAGUCACCAACAUCUUCAAAAAUUACUAAACUUUCUUUACAAUUCUUAAUUUCAACUUCAAUUGCAAAUGAAUCAUUAACAACAAAUAUAACAGUAGAUCCACAAUUUAUUUUGGUUAAUAAUUUAGCUCAACCAUUAUACUAUUGCCAAAAGGAUUCUAAUCUCUAUAAAAACUAUUGUUUAAAUCCAAAUGAAACCAUACCAUUUCACUUUUUUGAUGAUCAAUUAUUAAAAAAGAUUGCCUUUAGAUUAUCACCAAAUAAUGAUUGGUCUGGUUGUUUCAAUAUUAAUAAAUCAAUUUCAUUCAAUAUUAAAUUGGAUAAACCAAUCGAUGAUGAUCAAGAUAGUGAUAGUGAUUCAGGUUCUUCAAACUCAUCUUCACCAUCAAUUUCAUCAUCUUCAACUUCACCAUUAAAUUUAUCAUCAUCUUCAGCAUUUUCAAAUUGUAGUAGUAAUAAUAAUAAUAAUAAUGGUGGUGGUGGUGGUAGUAGUGAUGAUCAAUUUUAUUUACCAAUGAUUCAAAUGGUACAAGAAAAAGGAAUUUAUUUUGUUGUUGUUAAUCCAGAGACAAAAGAUUAUCCACCUUAUAGAGUUGAAAAUUUAAUAUCAGUACCAAUUGCAAUCCACCAAGUCGAUACAAAUGAACAACCAAUUCCUAUCUUUUCAAAUCAAUCCAAAAGAUAUGUUUGGUCAAAUCCAAUGGGUACAAAACGUUUAGGUAUUACAAUUCCAAAUACAAACUAUAAAAAGAGUGUUUCUUUAGAUAAAUUACAAUAUCAUCAACCAUAUCAAGUUAAACAUUCAAACAAAACUUUAGAUAUUAAAUUAGAUAUCAUUGCUAAUGGUCCAACAAAUAUAUUACGUUUAACAGAUUUAAAUGAUCAUAAUUCAAUUUCAAAAACAUUAAAUAAUAAUAAUAAUAAUAAUAAUAAUAAUAAUAAUAAUAAUUUAAAUUCAGUAACAAAAGAUAAUAAUAAUAAUAAUAAUCAAAAUAAUAAUAAUCAAAAUAAUAAUAAUCAAAAUAAUAAUAAUUUAAAUUUUGAAAUUUGUAUUGGUGGUAUUAGUGUUUCAUUAAUUGAUGGUCAUCCAAAGGAAUUGAUGUAUAUAACCUUGAGAGGUUUACAACUUAGAUUUAAGCAAUAUUCAACAGAACAAAAUAUAAAUUUAUCAAUUCAUUCUUUUAAAGUUGAUAAUCAACUAUAUCAUACACCUUAUCCAGUAAUGAUUCAAUCUUAUAAUUCCAAUAAUCUAAAACCAACUAAACAUUCUUUUAAUGUAUCAUUAAUACGUUCAGGUCAAUAUCAACCAAAAGAAUUACAUCAAGUUGGUAUUGAAUAUAUAAAAGAAUUAAAUUUUGAUAUUCAACCCUUUGAUGUUGAAAUUGAUGAAACAAUUUUAUUUCAUUUAUAUAAUUUUAUUAAAUCAAUUAAAUUACCUAAUAAUCAAAAUAAUAAUAAUAAUCAAAAUAAUAAUAAUCAAAAUAAUGAUUUUAAUAAUAUCGAUGAAUAUGAUGAAAAAGAAAAAAAUGAUGGUAAAAUUAUAAAAUCAAUUAAAUUACCAUAUUCAAAUUUACCAAUACCACAUUCUAUUGAUUCAAAGAGGUUAUAUAUUGAAGUUUUAAAUUUACCAUUGGUUGAUGUUACAAUUAGUUAUUGUUUAUCACCACAUUCAAGACCAUUGAUUGGACCAUGGGCAUCUGUAUUUUCAACCAUUGCAAAUAUUGAUAAAGCAAGUUUACAUUUAGGUUCAUGGAAAUUGGAACAUCAAUUCGUUACUGCAAAUGCAUUGGCAUUAUCAUUGUUUUCUCAUUAUAAAUGGGAGGUAUCAAAGAUUUUAUUAUACUCUGAUGUGUUUGGUGCUCCAUUAUCGUUGGUUGAAAACAUCACUCGUGGUAUCAAUGAUUUCAUUUAUGAAAGUAAGGAAGGUUUAAAUAAUCCGGAAAACUUUGGAAAAGGUUUAGUUAAAGGUACUAAAAGUUUAGUAUCCAAUAGUAUCUAUGGUAUUUUCAAUUCUGCUAGUAAAUUAACAAAUACCGUUGGUUCAGCUAUUGCGCCGUUCUCAAUGGAUGAAAAUUAUCUUGCUCAGAGGGAUCGUCAUACUCAACCAAAACAUGCAAUCGAUGGUGUUUCAAAUGGUAUUGGAAGGUUCACUCAAGGUUUGGCACAUGGUUUAUCGGGUCUAUUCGAUCAACCGGUUAAAGAGUUUCAAGAUCAAGGUUUCUCUGGUUUGGUUAAAGGAUUUGGUAAAGGAAUUUUAGGUACAGUUGUAAAACCAACUGUUGGUGCUAUCGAUAUGAUUAAUGCUGCAACACAAGGUAUUAGAAACUCUUAUUUGGAUCCUGCCUCUAGUAAAUCACGUUCAAGACCACCAAGAUUCAUCGGUCCUGAUGCAAUCAUUAAACCAUUUUCAUUUGAAAAAUCUUUCCUUCAACAAGUUAUUAAAACUACAAACACUCAUCAAUCAUUACUCUCUUCAAAAGAAUGGUAUAUAAUUCAUUUCAAGGUUUAUGAUGAAAAGAAAACACCUUACUAUUUAGUAAUUUCAACUCAAAAGUUUUAUUUAUUUGAUUUUAAAUUUAACUUUAUUUUAUCAAUUAAAUUAUGGGAUUUAGAUCUUUCAUUAAAACCAAAAGAUGAUAGAUAUUUAUCAAUCCAAGAAAUUAAAAAAGAUGACGAAUCACCAAGAAAUCCAACAUAUGUUUUAUUAUUAGAUCAAGAUGGUAAAUCAAUUUCUUAUUCCCUUUUAAACUCUAUGCAUAAUAUCAUUAGUACAAUUAAAUUGGACCAAACCUAUUUUGUUUCAAAUUGA